AGUUACAGAGGAGCUGGACUGAGUGUCUCUCCAGUAUCUCCUGCUCUGAUGGGGAGGGGUGUUCAUGUGAAGUUACAGAGGAGCUGGACUGAGUGUCUCUCCAGUAUCUCCAGCUCUGAUGGGGGGGGGUGUUCAUGUGAAGUUACAGAGGAGCUGGACUGAGUGUCUCUCCAGUAUCUCCAGCUCUGAUGGGGAGGAGUGUUCAUGUGAAACACUGAUAGAUCAUUCUGGAUGGAUUCCUUAUCAGCGUGUCUGUAUUAACCCAACUUCUCUUGUCUGUUUCCCUCUGAAGGUUCUGUUGACCAGUUAGAGGAAAUUCUGUCCCAGUAUGAGGAGCUGAAAUCCACCCAUGAGCUGGUAGACGCUGCGCGCAGAGCUUUAAUUUCCAGGGUGGAGGAACUGACCAAUGAGAGAGCAGCCCUGAGCCUGGAGGUGGGAUCUGCCCAGGAGACUGUUGCCCGAUUGGAGGGAAAACUGAAGGAGAUGGAGGAGGAAGUGAGGCGGCUUCGUAAAGAGCUGGACGAGUGUCAGAGCGAGGACCCAGAGGCCUCCCUCCCACUCUCCCUGCGCCAGCGCUUCUCCCGCUCGGAGAUGGCCAGGGUGGUGAUGGAGAGGAACCAGUACAAGGAGAAACUGAUCGACCUGCAGGACGCCCUGAGGCGCACACAGCAGCUCCGGUGCGGUCUCUGUCUCCGGUCCUGCUCCGUCCCUGUCCCUCCUCUCUCCCUCCUCUCUCUCCCUCCUCUCUCUCCCUCCUCUCUCUCCUGAGUCUCUCUCCUGAGUCUCUCUCCUGAGUCUCUGCCCGAUGUCACUGUGCUUCACUGCUCUUGUGUGUCCGGAAGUCUGUCCCCCUGUCCACCUGACGGAUUGCUCUUGUCCU